UGCAGCUUGCUACUACCACUACUACUACUUCCACAAACAUCAACCAAACCGUGCAGCAAGAGCGCGUCCUGAGGACCGUGUUUUCUCUCAAGAUGCUAGCACAGGUUGGCGAUGUCCCGUCGGCGGCCGUCGUCUUGGCCCUGCGCCUGCUCCGGAUCCUCCAGCCGAGCGCUGUGCUGCUCGUCGUCCUUGUGUCCGUCUUUGGCAAGCCGCUGCUGUCGGCGAUACAGUAUGCCUUUGCGCCCGACCCCGUGACAAUUGGUGGUGCCUACUCUCGCUUCCAGCAUCGGCCUCUGACUGGAAGCCGAUCCGCCUCUGCGCUUCCCCUUCCGCCCGCAACGGCUGCCUCGGCGGCCGACGCGAAUGGGAACGGCGUACCUGAGCCGACACCAGUCAUCGUGCCUGUCCGGUCACGAAGGAGGCUUCUGACUUUCAUCGGCCUCCUCCUCGUCGCUUUCACCUACCUCUUUUCGGGCACUCUCGUUGUUCUCCGCGCUGUCCUCCCACCCAAGACUUGGACGCCGACGCUGGCUCGAUGGCAGGCUGUCGACCUCCAAGCCAUCAUCGGCCUCGUCGCCUGGUCCACCGUUGUCGUUGCCUGUGCCCACGAGGAGAGCACCCAAGGGCGAGGGAAAUACGGCCGCGGCAAGGCCGGCUACUCUGUCCUCAUCGGCUUCGGCACCGAUGUUGCCAUUCUUGUCCUCUGCCUCGGCGCCCGACACAUCGAGACGCUGCCAAAGGAUGCCUCGCCGUGGACCUUGGCCCAGCUGGUCCUCAUUGCCACAAGAGUCUUUCUUCUGUAUCCGCUCCUCGUCCUGGCCCUUGGCUGGGAUCAGACGCACUUCUUGCGUGCCUCCGAGGUCAAUGCGCAGCGGCGGCAACAGGCUGCCGGUAGCAGCGAGACGACGAGCCUCCUGCAUCCCUCUUCGGCCGCCGCUGCCGGUGCCGCCGGUCCCUCGUCUGGACACUAUGGCGCGACUGGAGGCACCUCGACGCCCAGCAAGGCAAACAAUGGAGGAACUUCAGGCACGCGAUCUCCCAAUGCAAAUGCGGCCAACGCAUCCAUGGGCCUCUCGGUCGCUGCGCAGCCGCCGCCUCCGACGUUUACCGUCUUCUUCAAGCGCGUCAAGAUCCUCUUCCCUUACCUGUGGCCCUCUCAGAGCCUCCAUCUCCGGCUUCUCGCCCUCUUCUGCGUCGUGCUCCUGCUUCUGGGCCGCUUUGUCAACCUCUUUGUGCCCUUGACGCUGGGCAAGAUCGUCGACGACCUCGGAAACGGCGAGGCGCCCUGGUGGCAUAUAGCCCUCUAUGUCGGUCUCAAGCUCCUCCAGGGAUCCGGCGGUAUCCUAUCUGUCCUCCAGGCCCUGGCUUGGCUCCCUAUCGAACAGUUCAGCGACCGCAGUCUCAGUCUGAUGGCCUUUGACCACCUCCUCCAUCUCUCCAUGGCCUUCCACACCCGUCGCAAGACGGGCGAGAUUCUGCGCAUCCUCGACCGUGGCGCCGUCAUCUCGACCUUUUUCCAGUACCUCAUCUUCAACGUGGUGCCCAUCUUCGUUGACAUUGCCGUCGCCAUGGUCUUUCUCGGCAGGAGCUUUGGCUGGGGCGUAGGCGUGACCAUCUUCUGCGUUAUGUACCUCUACACCUACGUCUCGAUCAAGCUCACCACCUGGCGGACGACGCUACGCCGCCAGGCCAACAACAAAGACUCAAUCUCUCGCGCCAUCCACGCCGACGUGCUCAUCAACUACGACCUUGUCAAGGUGCACUCCAACGAGCCCUACGAGCUGGACCGCUACCGAGACGCGCUCCUCGACUACCAGCAGGCAGACUACCGGGUGACGGCCUCUCUCAACUUCCUCAACCUCGUCCAGACUUCGAUCAUCUCGAUUGGCACCCUCGUCACCUGCCUUGCCGUCGGCUACCGAGUGACGAGCGGCAAGGCGACUGCGUCCGACUUUGUCGUCUUUAUCACCUACCUCCAGCAGGUCUAUGUGCCCCUCGGCUUCCUGGGCACACUGCACCGCGUCCUGAUGCAGAACCUCGUCGAUACGGACAAGCUCAUGAGCCUUCUCGAAGAGGAGUCGGACGUCAAGGAUGUGCCGGGAGCAAAGGACCUCGUCGUCACCGAUGGCAUCAUUGAGUUUCGAGACGUGCACUUUAGCUACGAUGACAAGGUUGAGGCGCUCAAGGGCCUGUCCUUUACCAUCAAGGCGGACGAAAGUGCCGCCCUCGUGGGCGAGAGCGGUGCGGGCAAGUCGUCGGUCAUGCGCCUGCUCUACCGCUUCUACGACAUUCAGAGCGGCCAGAUCUUCAUCGAUGGCCAGGACAUUUCCAAGGUCAAGCAGGCCAGCCUUCGCAAGGCCAUUGGCAUCGUUCCACAGGAGCCGAGCCUGUUCAACACGAGCAUCUACCAGAACAUCCUCUAUGGCGAUGUGAAUGCGUCAGAGGACGCCGUCGAAGCAGCUGCGCGCGCCGCUCAGAUCUGGGACCGGAUCCAGGCGUUCCCCGAGGGCAUGAACACGAUUGUGGGCGAGCGAGGCGUCAAGCUGUCUGGCGGCGAGAAGCAGCGCGUGGCCCUGGCACGGACCUUUCUCAAGAAUCCACGGCUGCUGUUGCUCGACGAAGCGACAUCGGCGCUCGACUCGCACACGGAGAAGCUUCUCCAGACGGCCCUGGGCACCAUCAUGCAAGGCCGGACGUCGUUGACGAUUGCCCAUCGGCUGAGCACCAUUGUCAACUCUGACCGCAUCGUGGUGCUGCAGGAGGGCAAAGUCGUCGAGAAUGGUAGCCACAAGGACCUCAUUGCCAAGGAGGGCAUCUACCACAGCAUGUGGAUGCAGCAGAUCAAGACGGAAGAAGAGGCCAAGGCGGCCGCCAAGGAGGUCGAGGAGGCCGACACCGAGGCAGACGGCGAUGAUGACAAGGGCAAGGCGCCCGCCUCGCCACCGCCAAAGGCUGAGGCGGGCCUGCUGGGCAUCAUCCCGCCCGCGCGCCUGGCUUCUGGCGGCUCGCCCACCUCGCCCAAGGAGCUUCUGCUGAGUCCAGGCCAAGGCGCAGCUCAGACUGCGCAGCGCGAACAGAGCCUCGGUCAAAGGGAGGAGCUCGACCUCAAGUCGUCUUCGGCCACUGAGGAGCCCGCAGCACUGCAGGCAGCGGCCGAGGCAGGAGCACGAGCACCCAACGAUGCGGGUACCGAGACGGGUGUGGUGCAGAAGGAGGUGGCAGUCGAUGCCGAUGCCGAGGGCGAGGUUGGCCAGGUGGCCAAGGAGCUCGUCAAGAACAAUGGCGAGGCGGGCGAGGAAGCACCCGACGACAAGGGCAAGGCACCCGUUGCCUUCCCAAUUGCUUCCCAGCAGCAGCAGCAGCAGCAGCAGCAACAGCAGGACAAGUCUGCGCCGCCAUCAGUGACGGCAACGACGCCUCUUCGCUCUCGCGGACACUCGCGCGGACAGAGCAGCGCAAGUGCAGCGGGAGGUGAGGGCUCAGGCACCGACACGCCCACCAAGGGCAUCCGCCAGCGCAUUGCCAGCCUCGUGCGCAGGACGCCCUCGUCUGUGACCGGAUCGUCGGUCUCUUCUGUCACGGGCGGCCCGCCACAGCCGUCGCCGGCCAAGGGCGCCGACACUCCCGAGCAGAAGGGCACCCAGUCGACUCUUUUGAAUGUCGACAAUGGCCACACUAGGAGUCGGUCAGCGAGCAUCGGCUCUGCGACGAGCGAGGAAGGCGUGGGAACGAGCCCGGGUGGGAGCAAAAAGAAGAAGAACCGCCGAAAGCGCAACCGCUCGAGCAAGCCGGCCUCUACUUCCAAGUAAAGUAAGGCAUCGGUCACUCUGCAUCAUCAUCUCAUCGCCUUGGCCCCCUCCUUCCACUUUGUUGUCGCAAGCAAGUCUCUUCUCUCUUCUCUACCAUACAGUACCAUACAGUACGAACAAUUCUACAGAGCUCUGUUCCAGGUC